UUUAGAAUUGUUGUGCAUUAUUCCCUUCUUUUUGCUCGUGUUGGCAUUCGUUCACUUAAGCAAUGAUGGAAGCAUCUCACAAACAGUGAAAAAUAUUUGAAUUCGUACUUCGUCCAUAAUUAACCCCAUUGUGACUUCCAAAAGAGCUUGUAAUGAAGUCUUAUUAACUUACAUUUCUUGCUGCCAGGAGGCUUGUAGCUCAAUGGUAUUGUCCAGUUUUCUCCUUGCGAAGAACCUAGUCGUGGUGUUAUAUCUGCACCAGAGGUGACAGAUUGUACUCAUUAGCUGAUAGCACAGUGAACAUUGCCUUUGAACAAGUCUGGAUAAUAUGACAGCUGUUGUGGCUCCUUUGGGAUCUAUUGUUUUUUCUGAAGAUUUUCUCAGGGAAAGUUGUGUUGGAGAGGGAGACAGAGAUUUCCCAGCAAGUAGUUGACCACAUAAGUUCAGUUAUGAACACUCAGUUUGUUAAAAAUAACCUGCUGCAACACUACUGGUAUCAACACAACAAGGAAUGCAAGACCCCGGAAGAAAUCUUCAAUGAAACCCACAUGGACCUCGUCAGGGAGGGAGGCAAGUGGCUGAAAAGCACUUCAAACUCCUGCUCUGUUGUGACUGCACUCAUCACUACUGUUGUCUUUCUGGCGUCAACCACUGUUCCUGGUGGUAUCAAUGAUAGUAGUGGCAUGCCAAUCCUUGUAAAACAUCUAGCGUUCACCUUAUUUUCUAUUUCCUCACUUGUUGCUCUGUGCUUUUCUAUCAUUGCCUUGUUCUUGUUCCUCACCAUCCUCACCUCCCAAUACCAACAGAAAGAUUUCCGUGGCUAUGUGCCGAGAAAACUUCUGCUUGGCCUAACAUUGCUCUUUGUUUCCACUGGGUCAAUGUUGAUUUCUUUCUGUGCUGGACAAUUCUUCUUGCUAAAAAGUAAACUGAAAGAUAUGGCGCUUCCUGUAUAUACGAUGAUAUGCAGCUGCCGAUAAUCCUUUUAUCCAUAGCACAGUUUCCACCCUACUUCCAACUUUUAAAGGUUACUUUCAAGAAGGUCCCUCCACCGGGCUUUAAGUUAAGGUGGUUUCUCUCUUGGGUGUUUCGUCUACAUUCUACAACUUUGUGUUGGAUUGGUGAUUUCACUUUUUCUAUUGUUCGAGUACUAUGUUUUCUUCAUGGUGAGAAUUCUUUAAUGUACCUUAAGGAUUUGUCUCAUACAUAAUUAAUUAUGUUGAGAAUUCUUUUAGUUGUAGGACUAAAUUUGCCCAUGAAAAAAGAUAAAUUUGAUAAUUAC